ACCCAAGCCAGUGACAAAGUAAUUUAGCAUGUUUGCGCUAUGGAUGUUACAGGUAUGAUCAACACACUCUAUGUGGAUGACAGAGGGGAUAACGUGAAGUUCCUCAGUGCAGUAGCCCAUAGCAUCUUUGAAGACGGGACCGUCAACUGGGGCCGUGUUGCCAGCCUGACAUCUUUUGGGGCUGCGGUGUGCCGGUACUUGAGAGGCAAGGGGAGAGACAACUGUGUGGAUUUGGUGGGAGAGGAGAUAUCAGAGUACCUGGUCACUCACCACAAGGACUGGCUAGUCAAACAUAACUCCUGGAAUGGGUUCGUGGAGUUCUUUCCAGUAGCAGAACCUGAGUCCAGAUGUCGGAACAUCAUCAUGACCAUUUUUGGAUUGGCUGGUAUUGGGGCAACAAUGACCUUCUUGGUUAUGUGACUCUCAGAAGAGUCCUUUACCUGUUACCACUUCACACUUGAUGCUUCUCACCAUAGUAGAGAUUGAGUAUGAUGUUAGGCAUAUGUACC